CUGAAAAAUCCUCACGGGUGGAAGUUCUUCUUAAUUGACUCGGAAGCUGGAGACUCGCGAACACGCUUCACCAUCUGGUUGUUGUUUGGGAAUCCCUGCUUUGUCACAUGGCUGUUUUAUAUUUUUUGCACAGGAGCCGAUGACAGCUCCAUGCGCGUUUUUUUUCUCCUGAGAGAAGUUUCUGCUCAGUUUGGACAAUGGGGUUCGUCAGCUUGGAGUGUCAGGGUGAAGAUGAACCGGAUUGGACGAAGACUGAAGACACCUGCGGAAUCUGCUUUAGCCUAGACCAAUCAGAUAGAAGCACAUUUCCAUAUAUAAAACUCUGUAUAAAUGAUAUGUUAGCAUUCCCUCUUGUGACGGCCUCCGUAGACUAGACAACUGCUGUUAGCUAGACCACGUGGGAAUCUGUAUGCAUACAUUCUGAUUAUCCAAUGCUACUAAAUAUUCUUAAAUGAAUAUUUGUUUACGAGUCUUCAUUGAUUCUGAGUGGUUCCUCAAUAGCAAGCAACAAACACGCACGAGAACUGUACGUGUCCAACUUUUAGAUCAUGGCUUAAGGUCCUACAAGGCAGACGAGAAGCCCCUGAUCAAUGAGAGACAAAGGUUAACCCAUUGCCGUUGGGCCCAAGCACACAAGAACUGGACAGCCAGGAGUUGGAAUAAGAUGCUGUGGUCAGAUGAGUUCAGCUUCCAGCUUUAUCUUCCUAAACCUGUCAGAUCUGCCUCUACAGAACCGAGAAGGUGACUGGUUUCAAGAAACACAUUCAGUCACCUGCACAUAUUCUGAAAAUGAAAGACGUUUUCCCAGAAGAUGUGAUCAAGAGAAUAGGUUUACCCUUCAUUGAAUUUUUGUAUCCAGGACAACGAGACCACAAAGAUCCCAUCGUAGGUGUGUCUUUCCUCACUCUGUGUUUGUUUUCGGAUGGUGGAAUUUCGUUUUACCUCUGCCACACCUGCGAGCAAACGUGUGCAAUCAGCAAGAUUAUGGAACACCUCUCUUCUGAGGACCAUUACUGCAGUUACUUUAACUACACAAACCCCAAUGCAUUGAGUUUUUCCUGGAUGUCAGGAAUGGACGUGAUAAAGAAUCUGUAUACUGAGGUCAUAGAAGAAGCCAAAAAAGAGGAACAGCUGAAGAUUUUGCAUUUACCUGCAAAUCUGAUGAAGAAGUUUAAAUCAAGUCCCUACUCAAUAGUGAUGAACACUCUAAGGGGAAAUGAAAAGCUUGUCAGGCUGUUUGAAGAUACCCAUCCAAAGAGGACGACAAUCCAGACAUACCAAAAGGACAGUAACAGAAAAUACCCACUUCUUGGUCUGCAGCACCUUGUUGAAUGCAUUUGUGCUGGGUCCAGUGAGAAGAGUCACUUCAUCUGCACACUCUGCAGCCUAACGGUGGCCUCCCGCAUGAUCAUCAAGCACGUCCUGAGCUUCGACCACAUCUUUUGCUAUUUUAAAGCGUGGCAUCCCUCUACGUUGCUGUCAAAGGAAAGCUACAGCCAGUACAGCACACUCUUUGCUUCAGGGAUGCUUAAAUUGUCAAAGCAGUCAGAGAAAGUUCAUGGAACUGCAAAUACUGAUGUUAAGACAGUGAGAGUGGAGCCUGAUGAAUUCAAGUUGGUGAAUUCCAUGUGUUACACAGCAGCUCUGAAGAAACUGGAAUCCAUCACCGGCAGCAGCUUGAUAACAACCGUCACACCAGGAGAAAAGCUGGAGUCUAGCAUUGCCACACUGCCAUCUGCAUCAUCAUAUAAACUACACUGUCAGGUCUGCGGUUACAAUUUUCAGACGGUUUAUCAGUAUGUCCGUCAUCUGUCACAGCAGAAGCACAGACAGAAUUUGUUGAGAUACUUUGGUGAAGCUGACGGUCGUCCUCAUGAAUUAGCUGAGUUCUGCCUGGGCUUGCACGUGUACAUCAAAAAUUGCUUGGCAAGAAAUGAACCAGCUGUUGGUGCACACCUGGUGGUGACGAUUCUCACCACACAGGUUAAGCAAGAUCCUGUUUACCUGUGCUUUGCUUGCCAGGACUGCUUCUCUCAGUGGGGCAUCGACCAACACUUUACCUCUCGAAAACAUCUCAUCCACACACUGCUGUACCAGAAUCCCUGGCGGCUGCCGUUUGGCUGGGAGGAUGAUCCGGAGGACUCAGAUCUGCUGUUAAGUGCAUGGGAAGAGGAGAAGGAAAGAGAACCACAUCAGAUGAAUCUGAAGAUUUUUGAUAUUCCACACAGGAUUUUACAGAGCUUCACCCCCCUUAGCUACUCAAAAGUAUUGGAGGGACUCCAACUUUACCACAGGCUCUUAAGAGGUGAAGUUCCACCAUGUGAAACAUACAGCAAACUCCAGGAAAACGAAAGAUUUCCUCUGCUUGGCAAGCAGUUCCUUGUCCGCUGGUUCUAUGAUGAUGGCGAAACGCAGCAGUCAGGAUCUCUGUGUUUGCUCUGCAAGAGGCUGCUGUCAGACAUCGAAUUUUAUGCUCAUGUUUUCAGUCAGGAACAUGUUGCAGCAUUUCUGGACCGUUUCCACCCAGGCUCACUGAAUUCCAGCACCAGUAGUGUGGAGAUCUUGUUGGACUUGGCAAAACAGGCAGCGUGCAUUCACCCCAUACAACAUGUACAGGUAGUAAUGAUGGAUCGAGGCAUCAGGGAGCCAUGCCCUUACUACAUUGUAAAACAAAUUUUGCAUGGUGCAAAGACGAGAGCAGGGAGUGGAAGCCUUGAACCGUCAAUAUCGCCUAAAAUGAAGCUGGUUCCCAGGAAAACUGUACAAGAAGUGGACAAGAACCACGUGAGUGACAAUAGUCAGACAAGCAGCAGUAACACCAACAAGCUCUGUGCGCCAAGUGGACAACAUCAAGAAAACAAAGAUGGAAAGACGGCUCCUACACCAAGUGCAAAGAUAUUAGAGAUGAAAAGCGAGGGGUUUUCUAGCUCAGAAGAGAUGAAGAAUGCAGAUAAGACAUGCCAGGCAAUAAAGGUGAAGACAAAAGAGCCAAGUGUAGACAUCCCAGAAAGCAGCCAGAGCACAGACGGAGAUGAUGGAGCAGAAAAGACUGAAAGUAACAAAGAAAUCCUAGCACAGCGGAAGAACGACGGUUACAAAGAAGGUGAAAGAAAACGGUCAAGCAGCAUGUCGGAAGUAUCUCAGAAGACCACAUGUCCUGAUGAGGAUGUGAGGGAAGAAAUGGCCCGUAAAAGACGGCGGCUCACCUGUAAUGAAGACACAGUGUGUGAAACCCCCAACAAAAUGCCAAGUAGUGAACAAAAAGUAGAGAACACAGCAGACGUGGAGAAAAGACAAGAAGUGAAUAAAGGAUCAAGCACACCUCUCCAAUGCGGCUGUGAUCAGCAUAAACCAAACUACCUCUGUGAAUACUGCUCUCUGAAGAUUUCAAAGACAGGUGUCAUCAGCCACACUGCUGGAUCUGACCACCAAAAGACGUAUCUGGUGGUGGACAUGGAGAUUGACGAUUCAGACGACUCUCAGGCGGCUGCAGACAUGUCUGCGAUGAUUGACACCACCUUCAAAACAACCGAGGUACUCCCCGAAUUGAAAGAAAAUUACACACCGACCAAAGUGGCCAAGUCAGCUGACAGCUCUCACACUAGUGUGUCUGUUCCCCGAGUUAGUGAAGACACAUUAAAUCCAAACGUGUCCACAAGUGGAAAAAACACGGCCCGUUUACCUCCUGAUUCCACAUUUAGUGACUGCAAAGCUCAUAUUACUCCAAAAACAACUGUGGCAUCGGUAAAAGUGACAACCACUUCGAAAAGAGAAGACGCGACAGCAGCCGCCUCCAAACUGACAGGAUCCACCUCCAAUGCAACUUCCUCAAAUACGCCCUCAACCACAAAAUCUGCAGCGGUGUCCAGACCCCUAGAAAGCAGAACUGGAGUUGCAUCGAAAGCGAAAGCCGCUUCGUGUAGCGUUGCACCCGCCUCUAAAAUAAGAGCCUCAGCGUUGCCCGAAGCCACAGGGAGAACUGCAUCUUCCUCCAAAGCUGAAAAUCCUCCGAAAUGUUCAGAGGCUGUGUUGCCUUCGGAAACACCUAAAACAUCGGUUAAAUGUGGAACCUCUGCUAAGACCCUACAUGUGAAGCAUUCAGGAGGAGGAGAAAAUGCUGAUGAUGCACCACGUCUUCAUAAGAGUAACCAGCUUGCUGCUCCACACUCGACCACAGCCACAACUGACAAGAAGCCGUCUAUAAAGCCGACCCAUACCGCUGGAGGUAAUACAAAGCAAAAAAAAAGCGUUCCUACAGUUGGUUUAAAUCAGCUGAUUUUAGUGUCAUGUGAUCGAAAGAAGCAAAUCUACUGUCAGCUGUGUUCAGUCAAGUUGACACACUCAAGUAACAUUCACUUGACCGACCGCAAACACCAGCUGAACUAUGUGAAAAUGCGUUUCCCGGGACAGAGUCAGAACCUGGACAACAUUCAGGCCACAAUUGAAAACUUGGCUCAGGUGGAGAAAAAUCUCCAUUUCCGGGAAAUCCAGAACAUUGAAGUGAACCAGGAUGUGUACGAUGAGCUGCGUGUUCUUCCACAGGAGGAAGUGUUUGAAAGACUAAAGAAAAUCAUGGGAAAGAGAUACACCCAAGCAUCAUCGUCUUUCACAGCUGCUCCUGCAGAGACUUUGAAGCAGGAUGCUGCAUGUGCCAGUCCAUGUGAAGUCUCCAGCACAAAUGAUGGGAUUUCUAUGCCCCAGAUUGAAAUGUCAGGCCUUUCUGCUAAUAACCAGCCAGAGCAGGAGAACAAAAACAAGCUCCAGAUGCCAAACUCCCACGUCAGUGAGGAAGCCAGUGUUGCUGCAACUCGGUCAGUCAGAGCCCAGAGCUUUGAUGGUGAAGAAACACAAGCUGCUGACUCGAUUCAGGACCAACUUCAUCCGUCUUCGAGGUCGAAUGGAAAUUAUCCAGAGCCCAACCCAGGUCCUAGUAUUCAAGCUGAGGAGAAGCAAGCAGUCACUAGGGAGAAACUUGUCAGCGAAAGAAGGCAAGAAACUCCUGACACCAGACAACAGCAGAGGUGGAGUAGUGCAGAAUUACAUGCAACACAGAAGAUGCCAGAAGGAGAAAAAACUGAACGCUGCAGCCGUUUGUCCACAUACUUGAAAGUAAAGAGGCUCGAUACAGAACCAAUCAUUGGUUUGGGCUCUGUGUGGGAAUGCCAAGGGAUAUCCCAGAAAACAUUCUUCUUAUGUGAGAGCUGCAGUAAGAUGCUGUCUCUCAGUGACAUCUGUCAGCACAUGGUCAGCUCUGAUCACAAGCUCCAGUGCAUGCGGACCGAGCAUGAUCGAGUUAUGCGCUUGCUCUGGCCUCAAGAUGAUAUUACGCAGCAGGUCUUAGAGGAAGUUAUCUGGUUGAUCUCAAAACGUGAGCGUUCCCUCCAGAUAGAUGCACAGGUUGUACUACUGGGUCAAGAGUUGUAUGAAUCUGUUCGGACAGCUCCAUUCACUGAAGCUUUAAAAAUGGUGCAAAACAUCAAUGAAAAGAGACUGAGCCCCUUCUGUCUAUCAACCAGUACUUCACCACAGAAAAGCCAGCAGCCGGAGGAUCGGCAGAGUCUAGAGGAGUCUCUCCCCACAGAGAUGCGACCAGCUGAAUCACUGGAGACAAACCAGAGAGGUGACAAUGCAGAAGUUUUUCCCAAAGAAGUAAGCCGAACAUCAGAAAAACCUCAUCUGGAUGAGACUCCGAUGGCUGAAGAUUUUAAUGGCACCAAAGAAAUAAGUGUGUCGAGUCCUCUGGAUGUGAAGUGUUUCUCCUCAAAGGCAGAUUCUGUUGUUUCUUCGUCUCCUACUGCCAGCGCUCGUCUCAGCCCCCAAGAGGCCUGCAGUAGCCUUUCUGUGAAACGAGAAUUCACAUCUCCACCUCCACAGCCCCAAAGUCCUCUCCCCCGGGUGCAAGUAAAACAGGAAGAGCUGCACUCAGAAACCCCAUCUUGUGCUGCCCCACUGCCUUCUAAGGACAACGACACAGAGCCUAAAUCUGACCAACAAAAGACACCCACUACAGACUGGGCAUUGGAUGCACUAAUAGCUCUGGUGAGACAGGGAAAGAAGAAUUUGUCAGAUGUGAACUCCCGUGUUACAAGUGUAUCUGAAAGUAUGGAGAUUGAUUUAACACGCGUGAAAACUGAAUUUGAAGCAUGUGAUUCACCAACAACUACAGCUACAGGCUGUGAGAAACAAGUCGUCCCCCAAGCCAACUCGGCAUCUUCAGCCAGCAAAUCAUCUUCUGAGGACUAUCAGAUACUUCAGCCCCAAGGUGACACAAAAACUAACAUGCCUGGAGUUUCUCUGUUGCCCAUUAACACCAUCAUAACUGACAGGCCAACAGCCACUAAACACAAGUUUAUGGGCAGCUAUAAAGUAGAGAACCACUUUAAGAUGAACACAGGACAGCAGGUCGGUUUGUCCCCAUUUCAAUCAACAAACCCCAGUGACACUAUGGCAGCUACUGAAGGGUAUAGUCGACCCAGCCAUUCAGUUUAUCUUCCUUCUCAACCCGUUUCAGGUUACACAACACCAAACAAUCCUGUCGUCCACACUGGGAGUUUGUAUCAGCAUCAUGAGUAUCCUAGAAUGCCGUUCUAUCCAAGCAAUCUUCACCCAGAGCAGUGGGUAGACCCAUAUAGUUUGCAAACAUUUGGGAAUAGUUUAGCAACUCCGAUGCCCACAGGAUGGGGGAGCCUGGAAAUGCAGCUGCCUCAACAGCAGCAGCUAAUGCAGCAGCAGCUACAACAGCCGACGCAGCAGCAGCUACAACAGCUAAUGCAGCAGCAGCAGCAGCAGCAGCUACAACAGCUAAUGCAGCAGCAGAUACAACAGCUACAGCUGCAGGUACAGCAGCUUCAACAACAGCAGCAAGAACAGCCUGAGCAGCAGCAGCAGUCUCUCUCAUGGGCAAACACCUGGAAAAGUAGCCAGUGAUGUUGUCAACUAAUGCAGUGUUUCAUUCACCUCCUCAGCUGACAGAUUGCAAACAUUAAUAGACCUGGACAAAUUCAGCACCAACACUGCAGUACAACAAAAACAAAACACAACCAACAGGAAGUCUUCUCCCAAGCAUGUACAGAUUUCAUGUUAUCACUCAGCCUCCCUCCCAUCAGUGCUACUUUUUCAAUAUACUGUGAACCGAUUAAAAGUCCUGGUUUUACACUGAAAUUGUGAUUUCUGCACCAUACCAGUGAAGUAUUUUUCUGUAUUUGUGCUUUGUGGAGACAAUGGUGUUCUGCCUUGUUACACUUGAGUUGUUUUAAGUCACUUAAAACUGUGGGUAAAACCCUUAAAAAGUAUUUUUUUUUUUACUACAUCUUUGAGAUAUGUUUAAAACUGUUUUUGCAUUAUCCUUGAAGGAUAAGUUUUGAAAAAUGAUGUAUUUGUUGUUUGUUUUCAGUUUUUAUCAGCUGUAGUUUCCUGUAAAUUUUGUACAAGUUUUAUAUUCGUGUUUUGUUCACUUUAAUAAAAUGGCUUUAAAUUUGA